AUGGAAAAUUUGAUCGAUGUCGGCCACUGCAAGAGAGCUCUUAAAUUCGGGUCGGGGAAGAUCGAGCGGAAGGAGACGUCAACGACCAUCACCUUCGAUUCUCCGACGGCAUCCGUUCGGUUCGUCGUUGAUGGGGGCAUGAACGGCCUGCGGCGUUGCUACGACGGGAAACAGACUGUGGCUACGGCGACGACGGGACCAAUUGGGUUGUGGCGGCGGCAAGAUGUGGAUGCGAUUGGGCUUUUGGAGGCGGGCAGCAUGGUGGACGGUGUAGCGGCUGACGCCGGUGGGAGCGCCGGCGGCUGA